CGCCAUAAUGUUCGAACUAAAGCCAACGCUUCUGUUCCCGAAACCCGAGCCACAGCGAAAACCAAAACCAGAGGAAAGAAUGAUGGUGAAGAAAAUGUUGUUAGAAGUUCAAAAGAAAAGACCCAUUAAUCGUAAUAAGAAGAAACUGCUAAAGAAAGUCAUAGACUUUCUCAUUUCUGACUCUUACAUGUUUGCUCCUCUAAUUUCCCAUCCACCUCACGGCUUUAGCUCACCCAUGAAGACAAAAGCUUCUAUUACAGGAGUGGAGGGAAGGAAACCCAUUAAAGGAAACAACAAGAGGUUGCUGAAGAAGGUUGGGGACUAUCUGAAGUCUGACUCUUACAUGUAUGCUCCCCUGCUUGCUUCACCUCCAUCAGCCAGUACUAGUAGCCCUCCUAAAGGGUCUUCAAAGUACCUUAAGAAGGUCGUCACCAUGGCCAAUUCAGAGAGGAAAUUAUUUUUAAAAUACAACAAAUCAAAUGAACGGUUUACAAAUGUGAUAGCAGAGGAUCAAGCCUCCAAGGGCUGUCUUCCUGAAAAAUUCCUUUCAGAGCAGCAAUCUGUAGAGCACAAGGAAACAGUGAAGCAUGUGGUUCACCAUAGCUGUCGCUCAUCAUCGAUGUCAGGGAAAGGACUGCUCAGAUCGCACCUAAGGAAGCUUGUUGACUGAAAGCAUAAGGAAUCCAUUACUAGUUUCAAUAACUGGAAUGUACAGGCAUUGUUGUAAUUAGGAUGCUUAUGCUUUCGUUUAAUUAGACAUGGUCAUGUUUUCUAAGGAAUGUUAUAAUACGAUAAUGAAGCCUGUUGUCGUGAGCUUGUAUGAUGAGUAUUUACUGUUUGAAGGUCUUUGAUCAAACUUGGCCAUGUUCGGCACGGGGUCCCUCAGAUGGAAGUUGCUGUCUAAAGGACAAUUUGCUGUUGCAGGGUGUUUUUAACGCAGCCCCAUUCAAAUUCCGGAGGAAUACAGAUAAUUGGCUGCUAGAAGUUACGUCAACAAGCACUUGCUUUUAGAUUUUGUGGUGUAAUUUCCCCUGUUGAAUUACGUAUGCACAGAUAUGAAAACUGGCACAACAAACAGAUUGGAAUUGGAGAUUUUCCAUACUGAAAGCUACUGCAGAGGAAGUGAACUUUAGUAUGAUUAGACUUGACAUGAAAUCCCCGUGGCGGGGAUAUGAAGGUCGUCUUGUCAAAACUGAACUGCUGAUCAUAUGAGGCCGGGACAGCUCAUCAGUGGUCAGGUAACCUGUAACUUAUCUAGCAGUAUUAUUUGGUUGUCUGUUGAAUUAGAAUUUCUCAAAAGUAGCUCAAAAUUCUUGAUGUCAUAAGCAGCUUCUAAUAGUACUUCAGUUCUACCAUGGCUCAUGCAAACGAUGAAGUUAAUUAAGAAUGCAGAGCUCAGUCAAUUGGUAAAUAUUUGGGCAUGACAGACCAAUGCUUUUCAUGUCCACUAGUAGUAGAUGGAUAACUAGUACCGGCUUAUGAAAUGAAACAACACGUGGAGACACAUCGACCCUUCACGUGUGAUGUUUGAUCUGACAUGGAUACGUCUAAGAACACCCACAUGCGAUGGGAACAUGCACUGAGAAUUGUUAUUGCAUGUGAGAAUUGUUAUGACACGUGCAAAACUAUGAGUCAAGUAUAAUUGUUUAAACAGAUAAGCGUACAUCAUGAUUGGACUGGGUAACUCAUUAGUAUUAUGACAUGUUUACUAA